UGUUAUGAAUUUUGUUUGCUAUUUGAAGUUGGAAGUUUAAUAAUAUUCGAUGCAUGUUUUAAUUUUUCUAUGAACUACAUUAUAAAGUUGAUUUUAAAUUUCAUGAUACUUGCAAUUUGCCACUAUUACAUAAGUUCCUUUAUUUUCCCAGUAGUUGCCUGAAGUUUGGCUAAAGCAAAGCACCUUUCAACAUUUUUAAUUUCUGCUACAAUUAUUACCCUAAGUGUUGAAUGUUGAUCAUGGCGAAAAAACAAUCUUAUUCAAUGAAGACAGAGAAAGUUAGAAAAGCCGUGGCGUAAAGAAUAAAAACAUGUUAAUAAUUAAAUUUCAAUGUUUGAAUUGUUAUUGUGACACGGAAAUAGUUUUGGUUACGAGUAACUUUAAGAUGUGGUAUGCCGCAUUAUUGAGGUUCAUACGAAGAAGAUUAGUAUUGGGCAUUAUAUUUGCAUCUUCGUUGACAUACUGUAUCGUUAGUUUAUUGAAAGAGGGUCACAGCAGAAAUAUGGUUUACCAAGAUAUAUCCAUUGAGAGGAAACCAUUUGUGUGGAGAACACUGCAAGAGCAUAAUGAGACCAAUGACAGUAUGUGUAGGAAUUCUGUCCAGGGAAAAUCUUUACUUGUGGAUGAUCAAGGUUAUGUAUGCGAAAGGGCGGAUAUGGCUAAAAAUGGAUGUUGUACUAUAGAUGCGGAACAUACACAGAGAUAUAGUUGCCUGUCUUGCCAUGAGAAUAGUUGCUGUGUCAUUUACGAGUACUGUGUUUCUUGCUGUUUGGACCCUAGCAAGAGAAGUAUGUUAGAAGUUGUGCUAUCAAAACUUUCUGCAGAAGAAAAUGUACUGUUUCACACAAUAACUGACGAUUAUGAACUAUGCCUGACCAAAUGCAGGACUAGUUCACAUAGUGUUUUACAUGAGAACUCUUACAAAGACCCAUCACUGAAGCACUGCUUUGGUGAGCGACAGUCUGAAACAAAACCUGACUAGCAGUUAAUUUUUAUAAACAAAAUUAAAUACAAAUUAUGACAUUUAAUUACAAACUGGUAAAGACUAUUAUAAUAGUGUGACAAUGAGAUGUUAUUACCUCCAUAGUGUUGCACUAAAACGGUUCAACAGUGACUGGUUUAACUUGGAACUUGUGCCUGGGGUGAUGAUUUUAUUUAUCAAAGUACUCUUGUGUAGCAUGAGAUAAAUAUAUUGCUAAGUUAAAAGUUGUCUAUUAGUUCUAAGUUUUUUGUAAUGUAGCCAAAUAAAUAGAGUUUUGAAUGCGAGAUGUACAGUGAGUGGAUAUAACCUCUAGAGAUUUGUUAUUAUGUAUAGACGUAACAUUUUUCGUUAUAUUGAAAAUAUGAACAUGCGUUGUUUGCGCCAACAAAGUUAAGUAGUUUAGAGUGGUUUGGAAGUUGCGAUGGCAUACAGAGGGUUGCGUUGAUGACUGGAUGGGUUCUACUUUAAAGACCUCCACUGUCAGUUCCAUUCAAUAUCACCAUCACUUGAUAAUCAUUGUUGAGAGCUUUGGUGCCCGCCAUCCCGCAUUUGACCAUCCUAGUGGGUCUAAGCUCCCCAUCUCAUAUCACAUAUCACCAUUGCCCCACGCGUGAGACAUUAAAUAAUGAGAUACUCGUACAAACCUUGUAAUGAACUUUAAGAGUUAUAGAUACUCAUAGAAAUCUUAAUAUUAAGACGCUAGAAAUGCACUUUAGCACUUUAAUUACUAACUGAAUAAUUGUCGCCAAACAACGACGGCUCCCAGUGGCCGUAACACUAAAAGUUCGAAGUGGAAAUUUACUACACGCUGGGAGUCAUACAUUUCUGUUUUUCACAACGGCAUACACUAGUUCGUUUAAAGCGUAAGGGGCAAUGAAGUUUAAAAAAUACUUUUACCAAUUAUUUUAUAAUUUGAUAUGCGUGUAUUUAUUGAGAUGUACAGCACCUCUAACUUUUCUAAGAGAUGUACAUCUUAAAUUUAAAUAACAAAAUCUUCAACGGUGAAGGUAAAUAUCAUGAGAAAACCUGCAUGCCUGAGAAUUCUCCAUAAUUUUCUCAAAGCCGUGUGGCUGAUAAUAGGCAUAUAUAUGAAGAAUGAAGAUGGGUUCUGAGCAAAGAGCGCGGAGACAAAUUUAGUACAAAACGCUUCUAGUGUCUAGUAGUAUUAAGAUUUCUCCUUUCGUCGGCUGUCGUCGUUUCGUGCGUUUACCGGUGCGGGGUUACCAUUCCAACACCUUAGGACCCCAACGUCGUUGGUUAUCCGAGCUAUAUGUCCCGACGUUGCCGCUUCAGAUUCGCGACUCGUUGAGCUAUAUCCAUGACUUUAGUUCUUCUACAGAUCUCCUCAUUUCUGAUUUGAUCAAGUAGAGUCUAAAGUCAACGGUAAUAAUGUAUACCAAAGCAAACAUUAUAUUUAGGCUAAGUACCUACUGAAAUUUCUCUUAUGAGAUGCUAUCGUUGGAUAAUAUGAUGUUAUUAAAUGUAACUUUAGUUUUUUUUUUAUCAUACACAACGAAUGAUAAUUUCUUACAAAGUUGAUGAUGAGUAAUCUUAAAACUAAGUUGGACAGGCGCAAAGUGUUACCUUGUUGUAAUUGUGUUGAAGUUCAUGAUAGGUACAUGAGUGAGCAAGCAGUGGCGUGCAUAGAGUGUAUGCACAGGGUAUGCAGAUGAUAUAAAAUAAAGAAAAUCUCCUUUACGAGUUAUAAAUACUUAACGGUAGGCUUUUUAUAACUCUUACAAUGCCUAUCCUUAAGUUUUUUAUAACUCUUACUAGAGAUGUUUUUCAUUUUAUAUCAUAUGCAUACGCUCUGUGCACAAGGUGGGAUUUGUUUUGUGUAAUUUUACGAAUAGCGCGCGCUAUUACAGAAUAGAUUUAUAAAAGGCGGCUAUCUCAUUCGCAAAUACCUAUUCUGCGAAGUGUUGCUUUGUUUAAAGACGAUGGGUAUCCAGUUUCAAGUGGACCGUAAGAUUGGUCCGUUAUUUAAGGCAAAAGUAUUAAUGUAAAAAAAUGUGGACUUCAUAUUUGCCGUGUGAUAAGGCUGCCUUUGUUACGCGGCGUCGUCCCGUACCGCUAAUACUGGGUAGCACGUGUUAUUCGGUAACUAACCACGACUGCACGGCUAACAUAGCCACAGGCAGGAGAUAAAAAUUAUAUCCCGAGAUUAUAUCCCCUGAAAGGGUAUUUAAUUAACGUGCCCGCCUGCUAAAACGCGGGAAAAUGGAAUAGGAGAAGUUUACCCCCGUUUAUUAUUACCCCCACUGAUUACACUUUUGUUAGUUGGAUAUUAUUUCCAGAUAAAACAAUGUCUCCUGCCCAUGCUAGCUGUGCUGAAGCCUCCCAUUAUAUCAUUAGAGCUAACGUGUGCGCCGCGAGAUAAUUAUCUCUACCCCGUUACACGUAUUUUUGGUUUAGAGAUAGACGAGAUGUGUAGACAUAGAUUUAACACACAUGCUAGACCCUACCUAAUAAAAACACUUCGCCAGAGUGGUCGAAUUACAUGAAAUGUAUAUCAUGAACUUCAUCAAAGCAAAGCGCACUUCUAUUCAAUUAAUACGAAUUCUUGUUAAAUGUAUAACUUGUUGAAAAUUGCGCCUUAGAUACAAAGUCUGUUAAUGUGUUACUUAAAUGCUAAUAAUAUUAAUGUUAUUUAUUGAAACGGAUAAGGAAAUAAAAUAUUUUUGUACUACA